CAUAUUUUUAGGAUAAGAAAGAUUACGGUGGCGAAAGUAUGACAUCGAUCUUAUCAGUGUUGACUCGCACAAGGUGCACGGAAUACGGAUCGUAUCUUAGCAUACUCGGAAACGGAGAACAUUGCUGGCGCACCGGGCUGCGAAAGCACACAGCUAAGUCCGCGAAUCGGUUCUUCUACAAGACGCGAUUGGCUUUCCCAGCUGACUACGGCCGAGUGAUAACUUUCAUGAGCGACGCGUACUUGAAACACGACCCGGUGAUGAUGAGCGCAGGUUUAGCCGAACGAGAGCCCGAGCCGUCGCUGCUGAGGCUCAUGCACGACGAGGUGAGCGAAGGCAUGACGAUAAUCGCCGAGGGACAGGACAAUUGUAUCGUGGGCGCCGCGGUGAACGCCGGCUGCUGUCCUUGGGAUCCUGACAAGUUCGUCGAGUUCGCGAGGUGCUGCGAAUGCGGGCCGACUCGCGACGUGAUCGAGUUCUGGGCUUACGUGACCCGCAAGCCGAAUCUUUGGCAGCGUCGCCGCGUUCUCAAGAUCUUCGAGUGCAGCUGGCUCGCGAUCGAGCCGGACCACCGCGGCCAGGGUAUCGGUAGAAAGCUCGUGCUGGAGAGCUGGUAUCUCGCGCGCGAUUGCGGCUAUCGAUUGUUCCGUAUUGACUGCACCAGUAGGCACACCGCGCAAAUCGCGAGAGGUUUCGGAUGGGAACGAGUGUGCACGAUCCCUCUCAACCGACAUGUCAACAGAAACGGCGAGCUCCUCUUUAAGCACAUUAGACAGCCGCAUACCGAAGUAGAGGUUUACGUGGAUAACGUGACGUUUUGCAAAGACUAUCAUCUACCUUAUAAAAAGCGCAAAACAACAUCGGUGCACAAAGAAGAGAGAAGCUGACAUUUUCCGAUUUGGUUCGUCAGUGAUGUAUUCACGUACUUUGUAGAC